GCCAGCCGCAGGGCCGAGGCACUGAAGAAGCUUCUGGAAGUCUUUGGCAUGGAAGACCCUCCACCCCCCCCAGCUCACUUCAAGCAGCCUCCCCAGUAUAUGGUGGAUCUAUUCAACAGCGUCGCCAACGCGGAUGGGGUGACCAAGAACCCUGACAUCCUGGAGGGCAACACGGUCCGCAGCUUCCUGGAUAAGACUCACAGCGAGGAGCUGCGGUUCCUGUUUGUCCUCUCCAGCGUGGCCAAGAACGAGAAGAUCCUGACGGCAGAGCUGCACCUCUUCCGCCUCUGGCCGAGGGUCACGGAUGGGCCCAAAAGGCACCACUUCUGCCAGAUCAGUGUCUACCAAGUGCUGGAGAAGGACAAGGCAGAGACCCCUGGAGGGAAGAAGCUGCUGGCAGCUCGACUUGUCUCGCUGCAGACCUCGGGCUGGGAGGUCUUUGCCAUCACACCAGCUGUUCGCGACUGGACUGAAGAUGAAAGCAGCAACCAGGGCCUGCUGGUGACAGUGCAGGGGCUGGGGGGGAGAACUCUCGAUCCCCCCCCCUUACUU